AUGUCUUCCUCUCUCGUUGCCUCCACCACGCCACCGGCGCUGCAACCCGUGACGGCCCUCUCUCCGUCUGGGUCACCUACGGACACGAUGAAUCCAACGCUGCAUGACUCGGUGCACUUGCCUGGAGAGCUCCAGCCGCUUGAGGCUGCCGGCACGGCCAGGGCUGUGCGGCGCGAGACCACUGGUGGGAGUUCGGACCCGCGCACGACCCCGUCGCUCUUGACGCCGGGGGAGGCGACCCAGCUGAGGCUGUCCUGCUUGGCUCGGCGCCGCCGCUGGUCAGUGCGGUGGAUCCUCGCGCUGUCGAGCCUCGGCACCAACCACUCAGCUCCCAAGGGGCAAGCGUUGAGUCGACACCCUGUCAACAGCCAAUCAGAGAUCAGCAUUCAGAUGCUACUGAAAGUACGCUACCCAGCUUGCAUGCGGCCCAACCUGCGUCGACACGUCGAGUGGUCGACCUCAGCGACCCGCUACCAAGUACAGUGCCCACGCCAACGCCUCCUACUCAAGGUAACGCUCUGCAGGCCCACACGCGCCAACUUGGCCAAGCUGAUGGAGCUGGCUUCGGACGAAGCGACGUCGGAUGACGCCAUGUUUCAAGCGAUUGAGGACGCGCUCCCGUACCCCAAACGCAUCGGCACGACAACGUUUUGGAUUGACACGAGCGACGCCUUGAUGUCGCAAACGAACGACAAGAUCAUCAAGAGCCUUUUCGAGGACAACAAAGACGCUCCCUGGGCCCACCUCAUGCAAGACUUCGUGCAAGUAAACAAGGCACGUGGUGGAGAUGUUGUGGUCACCGUCACCGACGAGGCGACUCGCUUUGGCAUGAGCGGGCAGUCCAUCCGGCUCCUCGGCAAGGAGUUCUCUGUGGUGGCUUCCUCGACGACGGGCAAUCGGAACCCGUCCCAACGGCAACAUGACGACCUACACGACCUGUACUACAUGGACAUUGUAGGCACGCGCUUCAACUUUGAUGCGCGAGCCGUCCUCAACGCCCUGCGUCGCUUGAAGACUAAUCCAGUCUUCAUCAGUUACAAACUCGCGUACUCGUCUUCGACACAAAAGUCCAAUACACAUCCCAAUAUUUGGCGGGUGUAUUUUAACACACCCUCUCAGCCAGCGGCGCUGCUGGUGAAAGGACACCCGGUAGACCAAAUCAUGCUGCACGGGACAAACUCACUGUAUUGA